AUGCCUGUUCCGCGAUCGACGCUGGCCAAUUGUGAUUCCAAUUUUUUCUGCGAGUUGGAAGACGAGCUGAGACCGGAAUUAGCGUUCAAGUAUAUGUCGUUUCAAGAUUGCAACGGUUGCACCGAAAAUACGGAAGAAAAUCGGAAAAGAGUUCAGGAAAUUCCGGAUAGUGUUUAUGGUUGA